CAGCAAGACUUCAAAGGCUCAAACGGAUUUGAAUUGGGGCCGGAAAGCUUUUUUUAUUUAUUUAUUUUUGUUAAUUUUAAUUAUCUACUAGGACGCUGCUGUUGCCGCUGCCGUUGCCUUGCUGAGGUCAAAAUAAGCCGUCUGCAGCAUCUCUCUCUCUCUCUCUACGUUCUUCUGUGCUCUGCUUCUCUCCCCGGAUUAUUCUCUUUCAUCUUCAUCCCCCGACUCAGAGAGAGAGAGAGAGAGAGAGAGAGAGAGAGAGAGAGAGAGGGUUAGGGUUUAGGAUCUGGUGGGACUCGAUCUUUGUUCUCAGCAAUGGAAGAUAUCACAGAGGGAGUGAACAACCUCAACAUCGCCGAUUCCCACAAGAAGAACCGUAUUCAGGUCUCCAACACUAAGAAGCCCUUGUUCUUCUACGUUAAUCUGGCCAAGAGGUAUAUGCAGCAGCACAACGAGGUGGAGCUUUCUGCCCUUGGAAUGGCCAUUGCAACAGUUGUCACCAUUGCAGAAAUUUUGAAGAACAAUGGAUUGGCUGUUGAGAAGAAAAUCAUGACAUCUACUGUUGAUAUGAAGGAUGAAUCAAGAGGACGACCUAUCCAAAAAGCGAAGAUUGAGAUAGUGCUGGGAAAGACUGAAAACUUUGACGAAUUGAUGGCAGCUGCUGCAGAGGAGAGGGACAUUGCAGAUGGUGAAGAGCAAACUUAAAAGUGCGGUUGUUUCUAUGAGUUUGGUUUGGGUUAAUCGUAUGUUUUAGAUGCUGGUGCAUGCUCUUAAUCGGUCAAUUUGUUUGAUUCUAGACAUUUGCGGGACCUGGUCUUGAUUGAGUUUCAUAGUUGUGGAAAUAUCUUGUUAGGAGUGUAGAAAUCAACUCUGCCUGCUAUUCAAAAAAUUCUUUUUUUGUUUUGUAGCUUCUAGGUUUCUGAAAAUGUUUUGAUGCCAUCUUGAUGGUAUGAAAUAUGCAGUGAUAGCUGAUAAAUUGUUUUGUGCUCAUUAUAUUAGUGCUAAAAAAAGCUGGUGGUCAUUUGGCAUGAAGUUCUUGAUAGUGUAUUUGUCUUUUCAGGCAUUAAAGGGUAACUGUUAUGUGUGGGUGUGUGCACCUUGGGAUUGAUUCUGGGUCCAGGGCCACCAAAGUUCAGGCUGCAAAAGGCAAACAUUUCCUCUGUGUUGCUCUGAGCCAUUUGAUUGAAACUCAAUGCCGUGUCUGAUUUGAAUGAAGUUAAAAUUAUGCAUCUUGAGAAGGGAAGACCACCCUCAUCCUAAGGAAUGCAUGUAAUAGAUGUAGGAUUGAGCUUGAUCUGACUUUUGUUAUAGAUGUAGGAUUGAGCUUGAUCUGACUUUAUAACAAUGAUGUUUACCUGGCGAUGAGAUUCUGUUUCCACAUUAUAGUUUUCCGGUUUCUAGUUGUAAAAAACUCCGUCUUUGGCCAUACCAUGUUCUUGCUUUCAGGUAA